AUGGCCGCGACACUCGCGAUGAGCGGCGGCGGUGGCGUGCAGGAGGAUCCCUUCUACCCGCCGCAGAAGGCGAGCCUGCCCGCCGCAGGAUUCUGCCUGGACGAGUCGGCGCUGUUCGCCCUGGACUGCAAGCUCAGCGAACCGGACAAAGCCGGACAGAAUGACUUCACGCAGGCGAAGUGUGAGAUGGACAGGUAUCUCUCCCCCCAGCCUCCCCCCUUCCCGCCUCCGGCGGACAGCCAGCAGAAGCCCCUCAGGGAGGGCGCGUCGGCGGUGGAUCUGUUCUUCGGCGACGAUCACGCCGGCGCUCCCUACACGCUCAACAUGAACGUUUACCUCCCGGACAUGGCCUACCUGAGGAUGGGGCUGAGUCAGCAGGUGCGGCCCCCCCAGCACCAGAGCCACCCGGGCCUGGCGCAGGUCAAGACUGAGGCCGCCUCGUCCUGCUUCUCCCCCGAGCUGCAGCCCCACUGCCCCAACGCCGCCGACCCCGCCGCCGCCGUCGCCAUGGAGGCCUCGGCCGUGAGCAUGACGCUGACCGGUCUGCCGGACUUCAGCAGCGUCUUCAGCCAGCCGGGCGGCGGCCGCGGCGGGGACGCGCUGUCGGAGGUGUUCGUCAAACAGGAAAUGGGCUCGCAGUUCCAGCAGCACGACCUGGGCCACGACGCCAGCGGCUCGCUCUUCCAGCUCCUCAACUCCAGUCUGGAUCCUCAUCAUCAUCACCAUCAUCACCAUCAUCAUCAUCAGCAGCAGCAGCAGCAGCAGCAGAUGCAGCACAGCUCCGGGAUCCACGGGCCUUUCCACGACCUGCCUGCCGCCCCCCCCGCCCCCCGGCAGGAGCAGGCCGCCAAGCCGGCCUACCGCGGCCUGGGCGGCGGCGGCGGCGUGUACUCCCGCCCCCCCGCUCAGGCCCACCCCAGUUUCCUUCAGCAGCAGGCGCCCUACCUGCCGCCCUCCCCGCCCAGCUCGGAGCCGGGGAGCCCCGACCGGCAGAAGGAGCUGCUCCACACCAUGUCCCCCCCGCCCUCCUACGCCGCCACCAUCGCCUCCAAGCUGGCGGGCAGCACCCCGGGGCUGGGGCCCGGCCCGGGGCCCGGCGGCCUGCCGCUGCCCCUCUCCGGGGGUCCCGCGCAGGUCCAGGGCCCAGUCGCCGUCAUUCCCCAAGUCCCCCCCCCCGCCGCAGUAGCAGCGGCGGCCCCCAACCCGGCCCAGAUCCCCCUGCCGGUCCGCUACAACCGGAGGAACAAUCCAGACUUGGAGAAAAGACGGAUCCACCACUGUGACUACCCAGGCUGCAAGAAGGUCUACACCAAGUCGUCCCAUCUGAAAGCCCACCUCAGGACUCACACUGGUGAGAAGCCGUACAGGUGUACGUGGGACAGCUGCGACUGGCGCUUCGCCCGCUCGGACGAGUUGACGCGCCACUACCGGAAACACACGGGCGCCAAGCCCUUCCAGUGCGCCGUCUGCUCGCGCUCCUUCUCGCGCUCCGACCACCUGGCCCUGCACAUGAAGAGACACCAGAACUAG